AAAGGAGAACAUUAGAUUUGUUCUUUUGGAUUCGGUCAAUAUUUGACGAUUUAUCGUUUGAUCACACAAUUCCGGUCUUUUUGUGUUUAUCGUCCAGUUGAGUGUUGUUUCUCUAUUUUGUUGAAAUUUGUGAUUUCUUUAGAGUAACUUAUAUCAUUAAAAUGGCUGAUGAUGACUGGGGUCUCUGCGCUGAUCUUCAAGAAAAAAGUCUUGCUGCCUUAAAUAAUCUUAAAUUAGAUGGAACAACUCCAAUACCUCCACCAGUGCCUGCAUCACUAUAUGCUCCUCAACAAGGUCAGGAUGACGAUGAUGAUGAGCCAGAACCCAAUCCGGCUGAUAUAUCGUUAAUGCAAAAACUUGUUAGAACACAUUUAGUAGAAACUACUGCUGAUCUUGAAAUUCAGAAAAAAGAUCCUAACUCUCCUCUUUAUUCUGUAAAAUCAUUUGAGGAUCUUAAUUUGCGCCCAGAGUUGUUGAAAGGAGUAUAUGCAAUGGGAUUUAAUAGUCCUUCAAAAAUACAGGAAACAGCACUUCCUAUCCUUAUAGCAGAUCCUCCUCAGAAUCUGAUUGCUCAAUCACAGAGUGGAACUGGCAAAACAGCUGCUUUCAUUCUUUCUGCCUUAAGCCGAGUUGAUCCAAAUCUUCAUUAUCCUCAUGUGUUGGUGCUAUCGCCAACAUAUGAAUUAGCUGUGCAAACAGGAAAAGUUGCCAAAAAAAUGGCACAAUUUUGUCCUAAUAUUGAAUUUCGCUUUGCAAUAAGAGGGGAAAACCUUGAAAGAGGCCAUCGUAUUACUGAGCAGUUUUUAAUUGGCACACCUGGAAAAGUUUUUGACUGGGCAGUUCGUUACAAAUUUUUUGACCUUAAAAAAAUUCAAGUGUUUGUACUGGAUGAAGCUGAUGUGAUGGUUUCUACACAAGGACAUGAAGAUCAAUCUAUACGUAUCCAUAAACAACUUUCAAAAAAUUGCCAGAUGAUGCUUUUUUCAGCCACUUAUUCAGAUGAAGUGAUGAAUUUUGCAGAACAUAUAGUUCCAAAUCCAAUCAUAAUUAGGCUUAAAAAGGAAGAAGAAAGUUUGGAUAAUAUUAAGCAGUAUUAUAUUGUAUGCAAAUCACCAGAGGAGAAAUUUGAGGCCUUAUGUAAUGUGUAUGGCACUGUCUCUAUUGGACAAGCAAUGAUCUUCUGUCACACCAAGAAAACUGCAGCAUGGUUGGUAGAAAAGAUGUCAAAAGAAGGGCAUGAUGUGGCUUUACUUUCUGGAGAGCUUGCUGUGGAACAACGAAUAGCUGUACUUAAUCGCUUUAGAGAGGGUAAAGAAAAGGUUUUGAUUACAACCAAUGUUUGUGCUCGGGGCAUAGAUGUUGAACAAGUGACUGUAGUUAUAAAUUUUGACCUUCCUGUAAAUCAAAAAGGUGAAGCAGAUUGUGAAACCUACCUCCAUCGUAUUGGGAGAACUGGACGUUUUGGAAAAACUGGACUUGCCAUUAAUAUGGUUGAUGGCAGUAAAUCCAUGGCCAUUUUGAAACAAAUUGAGAAUCAUUUUGGGAAGAAAAUUGUUAAAGUAGAUUCCAAUGAAGUUGAUGAUUUGGAAAAGAUGGCUAAGCGAUAAUGUGUUAAAAUCGUUUACUUUCAUCUAAAUCUAUACCAUUAAAUAAAAUCUCAUUUUUUAAAAAUUUUAUUUCUCAAUAAUAGAUAAAAAAAAUCUGUUUCUGAUUAAUGAUAGUGCAAUUUCCCCUGGGUGCCACUUCUUCAUUUUUCUCUGUUAAAUUCCUUCAAAUUUAAAAGUUCUUUCCCAUUGUUAUCAAAUGCUGUUUUAUUAUCAGUAUUUAAUAAAUUGAUUUAUUAUGCUAAGAAUGUAAUGGAAAAAGCUUUUAUUUUUAAAUUAUUUAAUUCCAUAAAGAACUUCAUAUGAAUGUUUUAAUAUUUUUAUUUUAAUAUCUGGUUUUCAGAUUUUUAUUGAUCUUGCAUGUGUGGACCCUACUUGAAAACUGAUUUUUUUUCUCCCUUAUUCAUUGAUAAAUUGUUCUUCAUGAGAUAGAAAUUCUCAUUUGCUUUUAAAUGUAAGUUUAAUUUUUUUAAAUAAUGACAGAAUGAAUCUAUAGAUUGUAAUAAAUAUCUAUAUUUUUUUGCUAAUGUC